CGCAGGUGCUCUACUCAAUAUUUUGGAAGAUAACUUAGCGUGUAAUGUUCAAAGUAUAUCUCAUAACAACACGAGCAUACCCAUCUAGAACACAGGGGUCAAAAUUCCAGCGUGUUCAAUCACUUGAGUGGUAGAGCAGCAACGAGGUUCUUCUGCAACUGGCUGAUCGGAUGGACUUUUAGAUUCAUGAGUUCCAACUCUUCUGUAUUUUAGUCUUGCCCUCAUCAAGACGGCUAGAAACUUCCUAUUAGGAAUGGCUUCCUUUCAGGUUGUGUUGUUAAAGACCAGACUGUUCUAACAGGGCAGGGGAGACGGAUAACAAUUCUCAUACAGUAGAGUUAUGAUCGGGCAAUAGCGUAGAUACAGUAGAGCUCGCGUUUGAUUCGAUAGUCGGAACUCUUGGCCUCUGGAUUUUUUCUUAGAACAGCCUUCACUCAUUACGGUACGGGCUCAUUCCAUUCUGGAAUAGCUGGUAAGUAGAAAGGUUUUACAAUUACCGUACUCUUAUCUUAUAGAACUACUACCUUACCAGUAUUGUCCACAAUAACCACACGCCGGUUAUAAAUGAUAUGGCAAUCAUCGCCAGGACCAAUAGAAUGGAUCGUUCCAACCAGUUGGAGAUCAUUCAAUAGCGUAUAUAAAGCAUCCACAUCGAAUGUAACUUGAUCAUUCUCUCUAGUCGAAAUAAAGACUUCAUUCACGAAUCUAUAAAUUUCAAUUCCAGGGAACCUUUUAGUAAACUCACGAUCGAAGACAUCAAUGAAAACUAUGUUGAAUAUGACCCUUGUGAGCUCACCAAUAGGAGGCAGACUAACAUCAAACCUACGAUUACCAAAAUCAUCAUAGAUAGGAAUGUUAAGAAAAUCUGAUAUCAGCCUAUAUAAAUUUCCAUCUCCAACAAAAAGCUUAACCUUAUCCAAAAUCAGACUUAUUGGUAUCAUUGGUAAUGAAUCUCCUAAGUCAAGCUUAUACAAUCUAUCCGCUGUACCAAUUUUUUUAAGGCGAUCAAAAAGAAGCCAUUCGCUUCCCAACUUAAGCCGAGCGAUAGGCGCGAUAUCUCAAGUAAGGUCUCGUUCGUCUCACAGCAAGUCUCCUGCGAUCUACUCAAGGGUUCAACUCUGUCGACCCUUGAUGGCCUUUACGAGCCAACCAAAGAUCAGUACAUAUGGCGCAAGACGUUAGGUAAUAAAGAGUCACGGCUAAUCCCUAACCUGCGUUACUCCCGGGAAUAAGCGGAAAAAGAUUUUACCUGCUAAUCCCUUUUAUACUCGCGAUAACUAUGUAGCUCGUUUGCUCUUAUGUACAGGUUAUUUAUGCUCGCUGAAAGUAUGUAACUCGCUUGGCAUCAUCGGAGAUUAGAAGCUAGCCCUUACCUCGCUUCCCCGCAUAGCAUGGAGGGUCUAAGGUAAGAUCAGAGGACUGAAAGGAAGGCAUAAUAUGAGUACUCGCUCGCUGAAGAGGUAAUCAUAUAAAAGGCAAAGGCAGAAGAUCAUGUUCUCGCUUCCCUUAUCUGUUUGGCCUGGAGGCGUAUCUCCCGAUGGUCGACUGAAGGCUUAUUACCGAUUAGCCUUUUUGCUACUAAAGAGACUUAUGGAACUCAGGCUGACUUGUUUGCUUUGCUCUACGCUGGGAAGACGACGGUGCGAUUUCAUCUGUUGGAGGCGUAACCGCAGCAGUUAGGUCUACUCUAAAGGUAGUUCCGUUCUCCUCGGAUGAGAAUCGGUAGCUAUUAUAUUAUAUUAGAAUAGUAGUAGCGGUCUUACUUUCUUCUUGAAAAGACAGCUUUCAAAGCCUUUCUAGGCUAACGAAAUUAGGGCAACAACUCCUGACUCGAGGUUGAGAAUAGGAUUCGAUGGAAAACGGGAUCAAGCUUAAUUACUUUCCGUUGUGAUCAAUUGUUGUACCGAUGGGUGUUUAUGAAAGUGGAGCUUCGGGAAAGAUGGGCACUCGUCAUGUGCUGCAACUCGAUUUGUCGCAACAAGAGGAGAAGAAGAUACCUCGAUGAAACCCAAUCAGGAUGUGAACAAAGGCCACUGCUCAAACUCUUCGAUAUGCGCUAGCUAGGCAAUACCUUUACUUAAUCUGAUAAUUGAUCUCUUGCUACCAGAUCUGGUAUAAAAGGUAAUCCCUGGUUCUAGCUCAUUCGCAGGUGCUAGCCCAUUCGCUGUAGGGGAAAGGUCUUCUCCAAUGUUUCCAUCUGUCGUUACGGGACUGGAGUCUCCAAGUUAGUUUCUUCGAUAGGGGAAAGGCCUUCCCGGUUUCAAAGCUCGAUCGGAGUUCCUUUCUUUUUCUAUCGAAAGGGAAGUAAGUAAGGUCUUUUUUCUAUUGGUUCCCGCCAAGCAUUGGCGCAACUGCAGUCCCAUAGUGUGUUUCCUUCUCCAUAGCCAGAAAGAAGGCAUGUCUUCGUUAGCUUCGAUUGCAGCACCAGAAGCAGUCUCACAAAAUCGUACCAAAUGCCCCUUCUUCUUUAUGGCAUCGUUGUCGGCUCUGAAACAGCUGUUCAAACUAUCCCUUUUAAGGCCUUCUAAGCCUUCCUAUUCGCUCUGGAACAACCCGCUUUUGGAUAGGCAUCGAUAGAUCCAAAUGGAACGACAGGAAUGGAUAUAGGUGAGAUGGCCGGCCCAAAGGUAGAUAGCGGCAGUUUGGCCCUGGGUUGGUCUGUUGGUUGCUAAGUAGCUUAUGGCUCCCCUCUUUUUCUUUAGAUUUAGAGGCUGUUUGGAUCUCUUUUCCUGAUAUCCCCGUUAAUUCUUUUUUGGGGAAUGAGUUCGGGUUCUCAAUCUGAUGUUCACCAAAAUGGACGUUUAAGCAUAUCAUAUUACUUUUUCGGUAAUUUCCCAUUGAUGAGCAUAAAAUACACAUAUAAAAUAAUAGAAGGUGCUGAGUAUAGCUAAUAGCUAAAUAAUCUAAAGAUGCUAGAUCAAGCAAGAACCCCUUAGCGGAACUGACCUUUCUGUUAAUUGCAUAGGGGAAGCCCUCCCUAAAAAGGCGACCAGCUUUCAAUUGAAAAAAGAUAUGAGAAUCUCAGGUGCUAGCUGUAGCCCCUCUCCCUACUAGGGCGCCACCUCUGUCCCAGAGACAGUAUCUACCCGUUCCGGAAGAAGGCAAGGCCAGAAGAGAAAGUAUAUGACUAUAAUGUGGGUUUAGGGUAUGCUAGCUAUCUCACUAUCGGUAACGGAAGGGCUUUCUCAAGUCUUUCUCUCGUUUCGGAAGCACUCUCCUCAUUCUUUCGUUAGGGCGACUGCUGCCCCCGUAUAGCGACUCUCUGCUGCUUUUACUUAGCUGUUUGGUUUGCUCCUGCCUUUGUAUCUGCUAUGAGUGAAUCUACUCUGGGGUGAAACAACCCUAGUAGUUGGUAAAGGAUUGCCUUUGACCAUACCUUUACCUAUGCCUAUAUGAAUAUCUUCAAGUUGCAGAUCCAAAGCGAGUAGUUGCUUCAGUAGAGCCGGUUGAUUCCGGCGAUUCUGUUGAUAAAGCAGUCAAUGAAGAAAGACAUGGUUGAGUCAGUCGAAGAAGCAAAUGCUCUCGCCUUAGGGGAGCAUACACACCUACUGCGAAUUAGAGAGACCUGACCUACAUUCAUUAAUCAUCUCCUAGGAAUUUCCCUUCUCAAGGUAGGUCAAAAGAGCAAGCCGAGGAAAGGAAGACUCUAUCGAAAGGUGUCUGCUCGUGGAAUAGAAAGAGUUCGUUGCAUCAACAAAGCAAAGUGUAGUAGUCAAAAACGCUUACUUAAGCUCAUCGAUGUGUACUCACUCUUCAUAGUAAGCUGUGAAAGAGAGGGCGCUUCUGAGCUAAAUCAAUCCCGCACAGGUUCUUACCCGUAACUUUACACUCAAUGGAAAGCAAAAAGGAAGAAAAAAUCCGCUUUGAAAGCGAUUCCAGAGACUAUAAGAACGACCGGGUGGCAGGUGGGAGCAGUAGAAGCAUUGAGAUUUGCUUGUUCAGAGAUGCGUAAAAGUAUGAAAGUGGAUUGCAAGGGUCAGGCACCAAUGCAUUACUAAAGAAUAACAAACCAGAAUAACUUCUCAGGGAGCGUGGAAAGAAGUAGACCUAAAAGUGAUAUCUGUAGGCCGACCUUGGGAUUGAUACGCUUCGACUUAGCCUAUCAAGGCUAAUGCACUCUCUUGAUCCAAUGCUCAAUCUUUCGCUCAAAUGGGAAUGGCCGAGAAAUCUUCAAGCUGUUCCCAACAGAUCUUGUGAGACGGUGAAGCACUGCAUCUUUCUAGCUUCAAAGAAAGAGUAAGACAACGAAGUGGGAUGAUUUCCCAAGCUUAGGACUUUGAUCAAUGGGCACCUUAGAGAGGCGCUAACAUGCAAAAAAGCCUUCUUUCGGGUGGCAGAUGUCAGCGGUUUAAACCCAAGUAGCUGUGGCCCAUGAUCCAAACGCAAGCAGUCAAUCAUGCUAUCCUUACCUUGAAACCAAUUCCUUCGAUUCCGCUUCUGCAGCAGUAUAGUUUCUCGGUACCUUACCUUGAUGCCUACAGCUCAAUUUGUUUUCGAGUGAGGGCAGCGAUUUUUCUUUUGGUUGUUCUUGUGGCGUCGUCUCUGGGCGGCGCCUUCGGAGUCCGAUAUUGCCGAAGGACAGUGUGGACCGCAGCUCUGCCGCAGAAGGGGAAGAUGUUGUUUCCGACCAGAAUGCCGAUUCCGCCAUCCGGCCCCGAGGAAGCGAGAUUGUGGCACUCCAGUCAGCCAUCUUGGUCUCACUCAUAUUGGGGAUCAGAGACAGAAAGCGGGCUGAUCCAUGAAGCUCAAUAAACGCUUUACUCCAAUGAACAGACGAACCGAAUCCUUUCUCGAUGGGAAAGCUUGACCUUAAUAGAGUGGACAGGCUCUGAUCCUCGCUUUGCUGCUCACUCGUAAGGGGUCACGAACGGGAAAAGAAGAAGGAGUUAGCGCUUUCACCUGGUUUGGUUCAGGAAUUGGGUGCUAUGGAGAAAUAAAAGUAGUUUAUCCCGUCUCCUUAAAAGGGGUGGAUUGGUUUGAAUAGCCCUAUUGACCAGGAGAGUCAGCAUUACCGCUCUUUGCUUUUCCUUUUAGAGAAUCGACUGUGAACUCUGGUCAUGGCAUGGGAAGCUAUCCUUCCUUAUUUAUUCUAUAUUCUUUAUAUAAGUUGUUUUGAUCCCCGCUAAAGGUAAGCAGGGGAGAUCUUUGAACAGCAUCCAAUCCUUAUCUUUUCACUUUCGAGAUCGAAGAAUCAUAGCUAUCAGUGCAUUGGCAAAGCAGACCCAGACUAGAAAGAACAGAGAGUACACUAGGCUCUGAUCCUUUCGAAAGCAAGAUUCGCACUAGAAGCAUUGGCAACUUUGCGUUGCCUUCAGUACGGGAGAGUCCAGUCCGUCUUUGUUAAAUGGCAUUUUCUUUUGAGAAGGAAUAAAGAGCAUCAAAGCCCUAUCUAAGUAAAGCUUCCUUAUCCUUUGAAUCACGAUCUUUUGAAAGAUCAGAGUCGGCAUUCUUUGAUUUUGCAUUCCCGCUGUUUACAUCCUCUCGAGUUAGUUCUUGCUUGCACGAAUCCCAAUGGAAGGCCUAUCGUAUCUACGAUCGUCCUUUGCCAGGCUCCAGGCUAGAGAAAGGCUAUUCCAUAUCAGCUGCUAUGCUAGCUCGACUAGUUCUUAGCUUGAUUGAACUCAGCAUAGUUAAGAUAGCUUUUCUUUCUAUUGCUUGAGUGGAAUCUGUUGGUAUCCCCGGAUGUUAAAGUCCAUGGUUACCAGUGGGGAUCCAGUUACUCUGUUGGGAUAUUGAUUACUUAAAUCAGUAUUAACCUUAGAUAUUUAACUAAGGUGUCCCAAUGGUGGCAGGCCGGUGGAGUCAAGUGAUUGAGGGCAGUGGUAGGCGGGAAAUCCUUCUCUAUACAAGCGUAUGCGGAAGCAUAUAGCAAAGGUUUCU